CUGGUGGGGAUGUCGUUAGAACUGAUGCAGCCCGGCCGGCAGAGGGACACCACCUUCACCAAGAUCUUCGUCGGGGGGCUGCCCUACCACAGCGACCACGCUUCACUUCGGAAAUACUUCCAGAGUUUCGGGGACGUCGACGAGGCGGUGGUGGUCACGGACAAACAGACGGGGAAGUCCCGGGGAUACGGCUUCGUGACCAUGGUGGACCAGGGGGCAGCAGAGAGAGCGUGCAAAGAUGCGAAUCCAAUCAUCGAUGGCAGGAAGGCGAACGUCAACCUGGCGUAUCUGGGAGCAAAACCUCGCAGCGCUGCAACAGGUGCGUGUGUUGGAGUCCGGCAGGUCCAGCCGACGUGGGCACAGAGGCAUUAUGGGCUGAUGCAGCAGUACUUCUACCCCCCGACCUUCCUCCAGCCCAGCCUGGUGCUGCCCCCUCAGGUCAGCCCCGCAGGAUCCUACCCCACCCCUUACCUGGAUUACAGCGCCAUCUGCUGGCCUUUUACACCCGCAGGACUGCCACAGUACCCCUACCCCCUCUCACCGUCGCCCCCUGGUGGCUACUUCAGCUACAGCUUCUCCCCAGGGCCUGCUCUCCCUCCCUCUCCUUCCGCCCCCUCCUCUGCCGCCCCCCCUCCUCGCGCUGCCCCCAAGGUCUUCCUGCAUUACCCCCUGCACCGGCCCGACCACACGUGCUAGCUGGCUAAAGCUAAGCUAGGCUAAAGAGGACUGGAAACCGGAUCAGACUGGAAAACCAGGACCAGGGUUUGAUGUUUUUAAAGGACCUGAAGAAAGAACUCUGUUUUUAUAAAUAAAUAACUAAAAUGGAAAUCUCAUCAUCAUCAGGUGACCUGAACGUUUAGGUUAAAGUUUCUCAACCAACUUCAAUUCAACUUCAAUUUUUCAUGUGAAGUUUCAAACUGUCGACUGUAGAAAGUCUGUUUUUUUUUUUUUUUUACUUUUUUAUGUAGUUUUUUUUUUCUAUUUUACAGUUUUUACCCGAUGUGUCUUCACAAACAAAGUAACGUUUGUGAGUUUCUUUAUUUCUUUCAAGUCUGUCUGUAAGUUUGUUUCUCACUUAAAUGACCGAGGUUAAUU